GCCCAUUGUGGCAAUAUUUCAAAAAAAUUUCAUUUCAUAAAAAUAUGCGAACGGAUCCUGACCAACAGGCCUUUGCCGAUUGGCUUCUGAAACUUGGAAACGGUGAACUGUUGAACAGUGACAACUUAAGUAGUGAAACUGUCGAAAUUCCUGAACAAUGUGUAGUUACGGGAGACUUAAUUGACGAAGUAUUUGGAAAGACAAUUAAGUUAGACCAACCAGAAAGAUUCAAGGACACAGCUAUUCUAUGUCCUAAGAAUAAAGACACCUUGAUGUUGAACGAUGAAGUACUUAGACGUUUAGAAGGCGAAGCCAAAACAUACUUCAGCGUAGAUGAAAUAAAAGUCACACAGAGUGGCGAUGACGUUAACUACCCAAUUGAAUUUUUAAAUUCUCUAACUCCGUCAGGAUUGCCACCACACAAGUUGACACUGAAAGUUGGUGCAAUUGUUAUGUUGCUUAGAAACCUGAAUACGAAAAAAGGACUGUGCAAUGGAACACAUUUAAUUAUAACUAGAAUGCUUGAGCAUAUGCUUGAAGCAAAAAUUGUUACCGGAAAACGUGCAGGUGAAACUGUACUAAUUCCAAGAAUUGGCCUGGAUAUGAUGGACGACUCUGAAAUGCCAUUUGACAUGCACAGACGGCAGUUUCCCAUACGACUAGCGUAUGCGAUAACUAUCAACAAGUCACAAGGACAAACCCUCGAGGUUGUUGGAAUAUUACUUUCAGAACCAGUGUUUUCACAUGGUCAAUUGUAUGUUGCCUUCUCCAGAGGCAAAGGCUUUAAUAAAGUAAAGGUAAAGAUUUUGACCUCAGAGAGACAAGGCAAACUGCUUCCUGAUGCAGAGAAAUAUUUCACACAAAAUAUUGUAUAUCAUGAGAUUCUGGACACAGAACCUAUGGAGACGGACCUUACUGACGACUUAGCCUACAUUGAUUGCGACCGUAUUGAUGACAUGGUAGAUGUCAUGCAACAUUUUGAAAAUCAAGAAGAACCUAGCAUCCCAACAUGGGAAGACUAUGAUUUUGAAGGUCUCGAAGACGAUGUGGAAGACGCCGCUUAUGAUGAACCAUCCAUAAGUCUUCAGUUAGGCCUCUCCUGGCAGCAUUUGGCACAAGGCAUGAAACCAGUCUGGACGGACUGCACCUUCAUCAACACCCACAGUGGGCCAAUAGAGAGCUGA